AUGUUCGCCCGGGGCGCAUUGACGUAUGCGCUGGCAAUCCUGUCUUUGUCGACCGUAGUUGAGCCGACUUCCCGACCAGAUGUCAAAAAUCUAAUUGUAGACACCGACCUUUUCGAUGCGAUUGAGUAUGUAUACAUUAACUACUCUGCGGUAACGAAGCUGACUCAGAUUAGUGAUACAGCGGCGCUGCUUCUUGCAUGCACGCUCCCAAACGCAAAUCUUCUAGCCGUAAACGUCAACGUCAAUUCAACAUAUACCGCGCUCGCUGCAUCUGCUAUCGUGAACCAUUAUGGUUAUAGCACCGUUCCGAUUGGGUUACCGCGGCCGUUCACCAACAAAACCUCCUCUGAGCCAUUUGGAGGCGAAUAUGACACCAAGGUAGCGGCAGGGUGGUCGGGCGGUUCGGUGCCUUGGGGACAUAUAAAUAACACAUGGGACCCAGUAGAGCUAUAUCGCAAGACGUUAGCCGAAGCGCAGAACAACAGCGUAACCAUUGUAUCCAUCGGAUUCAUGGGGUCCAUUUCUGGUCUUCUCAAUACGACUGCAGACAAGUAUUCAGCCUUGGACGGAUACGGUCUUGUGAAAGCAAAGGUCAAGGAGCUAGUGGUCAUGGGUGGCGGGUAUCUACCGGAGUACUCUCUUGACCAGGAGUACAAUUUUGCGCAACAGGAUGCACCGCACGUCGUGAACACCUGGCCCGAGUGUGUUCCUAUGACAUUUCUCGGUGCAGAAGUCGGCGUGGAAGUCUUUACUGGUGCUCGUCUCACCGCGUGCGGUCCACCCGAUGAUCCAGUCAGAGCGAGUUUUGAAUGGUGGGGGGGAUACAAUGUCUCACAAUACUCGUGGGAUCAUCUUACUAUGGUGUACGCCGUCAGAGGGCUGGGCAACUGGUACGAAUUUGGCAACAAGAACGGAUAUAACUAUCUCUAUCCCAACGGGACCAAUAUCUGGGUGGAAGACAAACGCAGGACCAAUCAGCACUAUCUGCAGCUGAAGAUCUCGAAUGUGACAGUAGCGAAAGAGAUGGAUAAUCUAUUACUGCGGGGCGCUUGGACCCAUGCCAAACUGGAUUGA